GGUUUUUUCGCGUUCCCAUGGCCUUCCGCAACGUGCUCACCGGCCUCCGCGCGUCCGUGCUCCGCCCGCGCUUCCAUGCGCCUGCCCGCGAGAUGAGCAUCUUCCAGGGCUUCAAGGACAAGGUCUCCGAGAAGCUCGAGGAGCGCAAGAAUGAGAAGCAGACCCAGGCCUACAUGGACCAGGUCAAGUACCUCGCGACGACGCCCACGUACACGCUGCAAGACCACUACGACCAGAUGAAGAAGCAAGCGGCCGAUGGCGGUGUCUCGGGCUGGAAGUCCAUGGUCCCCGGUGUCUCGUCCAUGCCCCAGAUCCAGCAGAUGAAGAAUUUCUUGACCAUCAUGGAGGCAUUUGAGCCCAACGUGCGCAACGACCCGAAGCUCAUCAACGGCAAGGUCAAGCGCAUUGUCUCGGAAAAGUGUGGCCAGCCCGUCGAGGAAAUCAACAACAUGAUGCGCUCGUACGAGCAGCUCGAUGCGCUCCGCUCGUGGCUGCGCAAGCGCGUCGAGCGCAACCUCCCGUUGCCGUCGACGCUCGAGGACACGACCGAGAUGAUCCGUGAGGACCCCACGGGCUUCCCGACCCGUGGCAUGCGCCCCAAGGCGGCCCGUGGCAGCAUGCCCCGACGACGCUAAUCACAUUGCCUGGUUGUGCACUAGAUCUUUUAACCGCAAAUGCCACGGCAAUCGUUGUCUCUCC